AGAUUGUUUGCUUAAUGUAUACAAGACUCUGGGUUCCAUCUCCAGCACCGCAAAGAAAAAAAAAAAAAGGAGGUACCUUUUUGAGGAGUGUGCCUGUGUGGGGAGAGCUUCCUGCCCAGGGGCCAGCCUAGACCUCAACUAAUUCUAGGAGCAUUUGUGGACUAUUUGAAAGCAGAAAUCCAGAAAUCAUUUUCUAGGAUAACACCUUUGUCCAUCUUGACUCGAUUAUAGAUCUGAUUGGCUGUUUUGUCUUGGAAGUGACAAUCCGGUGGUGAUUAUAAUAGGAAUAGACUACUAGUACAGAGAUUUUGUGAGAGGUUAACCAACAUCACCAAAAAGGUUUGUGGUACCACUGGACUCACUUUGUACCUGAUCAUCAUCAUAGUCACACUAGCUGCCUACGCCAUGGAAUCUGUGUCAAUCCCUGCACUGGUUGCUGGACUGAUUGAUUGUGUAGCCCAGCUAAUAAGAAUAGCUGAGGAUCUAUUACAGUUUAUCUCGCAGGAACAAGUUCCUUCUGUGCAACAGAAUGCUAGAGCAGAGGAGGCAGAAGCAGCUGCACCUCCUCCCGAGGAAGAUCCCCUACCAGAUCUUGCGGAUCUUUCCGACUUAGAAUCAAUCCUUUCAGUAAGAGAAGAUGAUGACCUAAUCCUUGACAUGGAUGAAACUAUGAUAGAUAUCAACGAGAUAUAUGAGGAUAUAUUUCCUGCCAUAAGGGAUGAUACAGAAAGUGAGUGAAAGCCAGCAUGUGAAAAAAAUCAUCAUUUUUUUCCAUUUCUUUUUUUUUUUUCCUCUAGGCUUCAGCAACAGCUGUUUUAUUCUAGUUCAGCAUAGUUUCAUUAUUAAAAACUUUUAGAUUAGAUAAACCUUGAUUUUUUUUGGCAAAAUCAUUUUUCUGUUUUAAUUCAAAAGACUGGCUUUAGUUACAUAGUUCUUGCUUUACUUGUACUAUUAGAGUUUUUUAUGAUAAGACCAAAUAAUAGCAAGGAGAAGAAUCUACCUAAGGAUAGAAUGAAGAACUGAUGAACUCUACCAAUACUCAUACCAGUGUCACUGCUUUGUGAGCAAGAGAAAUUUUAAGGGUAGUGUUCCCCAGCAUGGUAUUACAGUAUUUUCUCAUGGACAGUACAACAUUGGCACAUCGUAUUUUAAAGAGGGAGGUUUUUAUGGCAGAGUAAGGUAAAUAACUCUGAAAGUGUAACAUCUACGAGGCAAUAAAAGUAUGGAAAGCUUUCCAGGUUUCCCAGGGCCAAACUUUUGAAAAUUCUGGGGUCAAGAUACUGAAUGAAAGACUGAUGAUGGGUUCCAAUCCACACAUGCUGAUGUGUGCUGACUUUUUUGCAAUAUUGUCCUGUGAUGGAAUAUUGAAGCUUGUACCAAAAAGCAAAGAGAGAGGUUCUAGAAUGGGAAGACAGGGUCUAACAAAGGCUUCAUCAAUGGAAAACCAAGCACUUAUGUCAUCAGCCUGGAGAAAGUGGUCUACAAGGGGAAGUGGACAGUGUGCAUCUUCUUGUAUGUAAAUGAGUUUAAGACAAAUACUUGGGAGGCUUAAUGUGGUAGAACUCUUACAACUUUAACCUAGCAAUAUUUGUUAUUAAGAGGUAAAAAUAUAAAUAAGAUGUAGACUGGUAUUGAAGCACAACAACCUUCCAUAUGUCAGAAAGGUGAAACAUAAUAGCUGAAGCUCCCCCACACUGAAACAGAGAUCAACUAAAUAAGUGUGCAAGAAAUUCACCUAUUAUACCAACUUAGGCCAUCCACUCCUUUUACUUCCAUGGUCAGGCAGUAUGGCCUUUUUACCUACCAAUUUACAAAGAAUCCUAAACCACAUAAUAGUUAAAAAGAUUAAGAGGACAUUUAAUACAGAUGAUUUCAAAGCCAACUAACAUGGCAGAUACAUGACAAAAAUACACACAGAACAAAUGAAAAUUAUGUCAAAUUGUAAUUAGAGGGGUUAAUUGUAUAUUACAGUAGGCAGCAUGCUAUAACCCCUUGCUACAAUAACUUUAAUAAGCAAAUUGAAUUUUAUUUUCCCAGUAUAGAAAAGAUUCUAAGUACACAGUACAGACAAAGAAGCAAGUAGGUGAUGAACUGAACCUAAUUUCAGUUAGGAGAUUGGAGAUUGCAAGAUUGAAGAAAGGAAGAAGAAAUUAUUUUUCCAUGCCAGGAGGAAAUGUUAAUGAAUAAUAAUAAUUAUUAUCAUUAGUGGAACAGGUACAAUUAUUUCUUUAUCUGAUAAGGACAUUUACCCAUAGUAAUAAUAAUAGGCCUGUAUGAAAGUUAAAAAAUAAUCUACACUUUGAGUAAGGGCUUAGUUACAACUAGGGGAAAUAUGUACUGCCGCCAGGGAAAUUUGAACUGUAGGAGAUAGGGUAUAAAUUUUGUCAAAAUAAUGCUCAAAUUAUGAUCAAAUUAUGAUCAAGUGAACAAAAUCAGGAAAAAUAUCGAGAGAGAGAGAGAGAGGUUACCAGUCUACUAUAGAUUCUAUUUGGUGAGCAAUUUACCUGAGAAAGAGCAAAUGAUGCUCUCGAGGGUAGAUAGUAAUCUAAGUAGACCUCUAGAAUAUGGGCUUUGUAACGCUUCCACAAUAAAGUAGUAAGACUUUGUUAAAAGUCAGAGAGCAUAGACCACCAAUAAACUCAAACAGGUCAUAGAGAAACCUGUACGUCUACUCUAGACAAAGCCUUAAACAAGUAAUAGACAGUGUUAUUCUUAAGCAUCAGAAAAAGAAGAUGCUGCAAGUUCAUCAUAUGUGCAUCUGCUUUGCCUAUUGCAUUUCACUAUUUGCCUUGAUUGUAUAAUUAUGUGCACUUAAGAACUGUUAAGAUGUAACUCUAUUUUAAGAAGUGGACUGUUGUAUUGAGUAUGUUAGCUAUAUGGAACGGGAUUAGAAAUAGAGUUAAAAGUGACAAGGAACAAUCUUAGCAAUAAGAAAACCCUUAAGAACAAGAGCUAGUGGGGAAGGUAUUUUUCAGUAGAGAGAACAUUUUAAACUGCUAACAGUUAACAUAGUUGUUUGACAUGGGGUUACUUCCCAAGUGAGUUCAUUUACCUGUGCCUUAUGAAAAUUAGCCAAUUAUAAGCUUUUGGUAGAAGUAACUAGCUGGUAAUUGAUAUAGAUUAAGAAGAUAGAGAGUCAAAUUAAAAGGAGAAAUACUAAUAAAUAUGUUAAUUGGAUGUCUCCAAUUGAGAUGUUGACUCUCCUCCAGAAGACUGGAGUAACUAGUCCAUUAUCUAAGUAGCCUUGUUUUGUAUCCUUUUAAGGUUAAUGCCAAAAACAGAUUUUGUAUGGCAUAGAGAAAUGGAGAGGGAGCAAGGCUCUAUAUUCUGAGCCCAACUUAGAGGUGUUAAAAUCAAGAAAGACAAGCUGGUAAACAGCAUUGACGUACACAGUACAAAUAUGCAUUAGCUGAAGUGUAGGCGCUGCUGACAGUAUAUACCUGUAUCUUUACAUGUAACCACUUCUUCAAAUUAUUAGGUUAUAAUCACUUAUGAUUGUUAUUGACUAUUGUUCCCAAACUGCUUGCCCACUUGUAGGAUAUUUUUAGCUAAUAAAAUCUGAUUUAAAAGCC